AUGGGGCUCUGCUACAGCCUGCGGCCGCGGCUCUUCGGCGACCCCGGCGCGGCCAGCAGCGCAGGCGGCUCCCUCUCCAGCACCGCCGCCGCGGAGACGGAGCCGCCGUCGCCGCCCGGCGCCGAGCUCGUGGCGCCGCCGCCAGCCCAGGCCGGGGGAGGCAGGGGCAAGAGCGCGGGCAGAGGCGGCGGCGGCGGCGGGGAGACGGAAGGCGGCGGCGGGAAGGCGCGCCCGGCGGAGGCGGACGGGCCGCUGCUGCUCCUGCAGAACGGCGAGGGGAACGGGGCGGCGCCCGCCGAGAAGGGGCCGCCGCCGCCGCCUCAGGCCAAGCCCGCCUCGGGUGGGGCCGCCGCCGCCCAGACCCUGGCGCUGCAGCGGCCCUGGGAGAAGCAGCGCCUGGAGGAGCGCGAGGCGGAGAAGGAGGCGAGGAAAGUCAGCAAGAGCAUCGACCGCGCGCUCAAGCAGCAGAAGCGCGAAUACAAGCAGACGCACCGCCUCCUGCUGCUGGGGGCUGGUGAGUCAGGGAAAAGCACUAUUGUCAAGCAAAUGAGGAUCUUGCAUGUAAAUGGAUUUAAUUCAGAAGAAAAGAAACAGAAAAUUUUGGAUAUUCGGAAAAAUGUUAAAGAUGCAAUUGUGACUAUAGUUUCAGCAAUGAGCACCUUAAUACCUCCUGUUCCGUUGGCCAACCAAGAAAACCAGUUCCGAGCAGAUUACAUUAAGAGUAUAGCCCCACUUUCUGACUUUGACUGCACCCAGGAAUUCUUUGAACAUGCAAAAAAGCUCUGGGACGACGAAGGAGUAAAAGCAUGCUUCGAGAGAUCAAAUGAAUACCAGUUGAUUGAUUGUGCACAAUACUUUCUAGAAAGAAUAGAUAGCGUCAGCUUGCCUGAUUACACACCCACAGAUCAGGACCUCUUGAGAUGCAGGGUUCUGACAUCUGGAAUUUUUGAAACAAGAUUUCAAGUAGAUAAAGUAAACUUUCACAUGUUUGAUGUAGGUGGUCAGAGAGAUGAAAGAAGAAAAUGGAUCCAAUGUUUUAAUGAUGUCACUGCUAUUAUCUUUGUCGUGGCCUGUAGCAGUUACAACAUGGUCAUAAGGGAAGACAACAACACAAACAGACUACGGGAGUCUUUGGACCUCUUCAAAAGUAUCUGGAACAACAGGUGGUUACGGACAAUAUCUAUCAUUUUGUUCUUGAACAAACAAGACAUGCUGGCUGAAAAGGUCUUGGCAGGGAAGUCUAAAAUUGAAGAUUAUUUUCCAGAAUUUGUACGUUACACUGUACCUGAAGAUGCAACACCAGAUGCAGGAGAAGAUCCCAAAGUUACAAGAGCAAAGUUUUUUAUCCGGGAUGAAUUUUUAAGAAUAAGCACUGCAACUGGGGAUGGAAAGCAUUACUGCUACCCACAUUUUACAUGUGCAGUGGACACAGAAAACAUUCGCAGAGUGUUCAACGACUGUAGAGAUAUCAUUCAGAGAAUGCAUCUUCGCCAGUAUGAACUAUUGUAACUGAGAAUACCAUAGAGCCUGUGGUUUUAAGCAGCUUCUUUCUUUCUAAACUUCCUAACACAAAGUAGAGGAAGUUGCUGUCUAGAUAUGUCUGCAGCCUCAGUUUGUUUACUUUGGUUAGCCUUUUGGCUAGUUUGCAGCAUCCCCCCACCCCC